AUAGAGAGGAACAAUAUUAUAAACGCCCUCUAUGGUAAUGAUGGCGGCGACAGCCACUGCUCUAGACAUAGAAGAUGAGCUUUUUGAGGAUGAUACUUUGAAUUCUUUUUUAUCUUUUCCACCCGAAGUCCAAAGUGCAAUAGAACACGUUUUACCAAGCUCGGAUCCACUUGAUCGACCAGACUUUAAUGCUGUAGAUUACAUCAACACGCUAUUUCCUACAGAGCAGUCUCUCUCUAAUAUUGACGAUGUGAUAGGUCGAAUGAGGUUUAAAAUAAGACAGCUGGAUGAUGAAAUCAGAAUUGUCGUCAGAGGACAGACUAGUGUUGGCGAGAGUGGACGAGAGGCUCUGGAAGAAGCACAGACAGCAAUUAAGGAACUGUUCUCCAGAAUAAAGGAUAUUAAAGAUAAAGCAGAAAAGUCAGAACAGAUGGUGAAGGAAAUUACAAGAGACAUCAAACAGUUAGAUCACGCAAAACGGAACUUAACAGCUUCGAUAACAACUUUGAAUCACUUGCACAUAUUAGUGGAAGGAGUGGAUACUUUACGGAUUCACUCUCGGAAAAGACAGUACAAAGAAGUUGCUAACCUCUUGGAUGGAGUUAUGAAUGUCCUUGACCACUUUCAGCCAUACAUGGGGAUCCCUCAAAUUCACCAACUGGCUGACCAAGUUCAGAGUUUAAAAAUUGAGCUGGGCCAGCAAAUAACUGAAGAUUUUCACAGUGCAUUUCAAGGACCUAAUGCGAAGAAUUUGACACCGAGUCAACAGCUUGCGGAAGCAUGUCUUGUAGUUUCAAUUCUUGAUCCUAAAAUUAAGCGAGAUUUGCUGAAAUGGUUUGUUACUCUUCAGCUAACAGAAUACACGCACUUAUUCCAGGAGAACCAGGAUGUAGCAUGGCUUGACAAGAUUGAUCGUCGUUAUGCUUGGCUGAAGCGCCAUUUAAUAGAGUUUGAAGAGAAGUUUGGCCGAUUAUUUCCUCCUGAAUGGGAAGUGAGUGAGAGAAUUUCAGUGGAAUUCUGUGAAAUAACCAGAAGAGAACUUGAAAAAAUAAUGGCAGCUAGGGUGCACGAGAUAGAUGUCAGGCUGUUGCUGUUUUCUAUUCAGAGGACGACAAAUUUUGAAACGCUCCUUGGACGUAGGUUUAUGGGAGUUACGAUGGAGGGAGUUGAUAGGCCUAUCACCCCAUCGGGAGGAACUAAACAGAUAGAUCCAAGUUCAGAAUCUUCUAGUACUUUUGGUGAGGCUUCUUUUGACUCCAAAAACCCUUUUGCAGAAGACAUGAACAAAGAAGAAGAAGAAACGGGAGAUUCAAAGGUUCCAGUUGCUAAGCCUAAAAGUAACCCCUUCCAAGGAAUCAUUUCAAGAUGUUUCGAACCUCAUCUAAAUAUAUAUAUCGAUUCUCAGGAUAAGAACUUAGCACAGCUGAUCGAGAGAUUCCAAGAAGAUAUACGCAAGGCACCAAUGCCUCGGCCAGAAACGGGUUCCGCUGUUUUGCCUUCGUGUGCUGACUUGUUUGUUUAUUAUAAGAAGUGUUUAGUGCAAUGCACGCAGCUAAGCACUGGACAACCCAUGCUGUCCCUUGCCGAAACAUUCCAGAAGUACCUCCAGGAAUACGCAACCCGUAUUCUUCAGAACAAUUUACCAAAAAUUGGAAAUACAACGACACUCUCAUCAGCUGGUCUGAUCCAGAACUUCCAAAACUUGUUGAAAGAAGGAGAGGUGGCACGUUUCACUCCCUCGGAACAGUGCUUGGUCUGUAGUAUCUUAUCAACGGCCGAGUAUUGUUUGGAAACAACACACCAGCUGGAAGAAAAGUUAAAGGAAAAAGUGGAUCCUACUCUUUCCAACCACAUAAAUCUGUCAAAAGAACAAGAUCUUUUUCACAGUGUCAUCUCUAACUGCAUCCAGCUACUGGUUCAAGAUGUAGAAGCCACCUGUGAACCAGCUCUAACAGCAAUGGUCAAGGUACAGUCCAAUAGUUGGCUUUCUUUUGCGCUUACAACAAGUUUCUACCAGAAGAAUAUUGUAGCUUUGAAGUCCAUGCUAGGAACACAGAUUUCUUUGUCUUGUGAGAGUUCAGCAAUCAGAGGAAACUGUAAAAAAAGUACUUACAGAUUUUUUGUCUGUUUCAGCACGUUUAUUCCAAAGUUCAAUAACCAUUUAUUCAAGUGUAAGCCCAUCAGUGCUGUAGGAGCUGAACAGCUUUUGUUGGAUACCCAUAUGUUAAAGACAGUCUUGCUGGAUCUUCCUACUUUAGGAUCUCAAAUGGUUAAAAAGGCACCAGCAAGCUACACAAAAAUUGUUGUCAAGGGAAUGACUAAAGCAGAAAUGAUACUAAAGGUUGUCAUGUCACCUCACGAACCUAACGAAAGCUUUGUCGAGAACUACAUCAAACUAUUACCGGAAUCGGAUCUUUCAGAGUUCCAGAAGGUUCUGGAUAUGAAGGGUCUGCGUCGAAGCGAGUUAAAUGCGUUGAUGGAUAUUUUUCGUUCCGGCCUUCCAAAUUCUACAGUGACCCACAUAACCAGUAGCUCAAAUACUGCGGGAGCCAGUCCAGAGAGGGGGUCAAGUGGAAUCAGAAGGCUAGAGAAAUUAAUAAAGAAAAAAUUCUAAUAACUUAUUCCCUGGAUAACGUUUUCUCAUUCGAUGUAUAUACAAAGCUAUUAUUUGUGGCACGAUUCUGAAAUGAAUGUUUCUUCUCUUGAUGCACGAGAUGUGAACACGUGCAAAAUAAAUUUGCAGAGAAAUCUCA